AUGCAGCUGCUGCCGGCAGCACUGGCCCUGGCCCUGCUCCUGAGCAACUUGGUGCCGGGAGAUGGUCUGUCGCUGGAGAGCCUGCUGACCAACAUGAGGUGCAAGUGCAUCAAAUCGACCGCCCAGGUCAUCAACUUGGGGAUGAUCCUUGCCAUCGAUAUUACGCCACCAGGUAUUCACUGCAGGAGGAAGGAGAUCAUCCUCACCCUGAAGAAAAACAAGAAGGUGUGUGUGGCCCCUGAGGCACCCUGGAUCCAGCUGCUCAUCCACAAGCUGAUGCAGAGGAAUGUCACCAAAAAAGAAGUGGUGGCGCGGCCACGGCGGGAAGCGGAGCGGUGGGCUGGGGGAGCGGAGCGGUGGUGCUGA